UGCCAAGCCGGGCUGCCGUCAUUUUGACAAAAGUCAGGGGCGGCUCGGCACCCGGGUCUCCGGGGUCCGAGCUGGCUCUCAUUGACCUAUUAACUCAAAUCGCAUUCAUCUGGACUGACUUCAUUUUUUCUCGCGUUGUCGGGCUCUCACCCACCCACCUCCGCGCCAUUAUUCUGUCGGCUGUCUAUCUUACCAUGGAUACUACUGCGAGCUGCGACGACGGGCCAGGGCCUUCGUCGCCAAGUCCCAACACCUACAUUCGACCAGCUUGCGAUUCCUGUCGUGUCCGUAAGAUUCGUUGUGAUAGGCAGUAUCCCUGCUCUAACUGCGUGAGCGCCAAAAUCGAUUGCACACUUGUCAAUAAGAAGCCUAGGGAGAAACGUACACGAAUCCUCGUGACUCCACAGUAUGAGAAAAAGCUUGAUCAACUUGACCGCCGUCUUGGGGAAGUCCUCGAGCUUUUACAAGAUAUCAAAACCGACAGACAACUCAGUGUAACUUCUAUGCCCUUGAGGACAUCGGCUGGAGCCCGGGUAUCGACCGUGUCCUCGUCCGUGUCAAGCCCGUCGAGCUUCGCCACCCAGCCACCGUCUUCGGCCUUGAUGGGCGUUGAGGGGAAAUCCUCUUUAACAGCCCACUCCGCAUUUGCUAGCGACUUCAUGCAUCAAGUUGCGAGCACCAAUCUCCUCCAAAGCUCCAGACCAGAGAUGACGGACACCUUGGACGCACUCUCCCAUGUUGUUGGCAGUCUGAGAGAGCAGACAGUUGCGAAUGAAAUGACAUAUCCUCACGCCCGGUCGGUCCAACGUCGACGCCCAUCAGGGUAUGAGUUGCCUCCUAUCGAAAAGGCAGUUGAGUUGAUUCGCAUUGCAAGAAGUCAACGCCUAGCAGGAACGGGCCUUAUAUAUGAAUUUAUAUCUAUGCAGCAUUUCUCGGACGUUUGCCUCCAGGUCUAUUUUUCCGAUAGCUUCUCCGAGAUGGACUUUAUUAUCGUCAACGCUGGCCUUUAUUCCCUCUUCUCUGACUAUAGUUAUCAUACCUCUGCGGAAGAAAAGGAGGUGUAUCUUAACGAUGCUUACACGUGUCGCGCGAACCUUGAAACAGCACUUGACGGUUUGCCAUUGCAUCUGCCGGCAACAACGAACGCUAUAACAGCUCUCCUAUUCGGUGCUUGGCAUGCAAUCGAGCUCUCGAAACCCUACCUCGCCUGGGCACUUUCAAGUAAGGCAUCGGAGUUAUGCCAGACGUUAGGUUAUCAUAGAAUGCCCGACAUAGAUAAUAGCGAUAAUGCGAAGUUUAAGAAGUUUUUGUUUUGGACUAACUACUUCCUCGACAAGAGUCUAUCUCUUCGACUCGGUCGAGCGUCCACCAUCCCGGAUUGGGAUAUUACAACACAUCGACCUUCAAUUAGCGAUCCGCACAAAGAGCCAGCUGUAGCUUAUUUCGUGCUCUGGGUCGAGGCUGCGCGUUGCCAAGGGAACAUCUAUGAGCUGCUAUACAGUCCCGAUGCUGUUGCUCAGCCCGACGACGUCAGACAAUCUCGGGCUCAGCUUCUAGUAAACAAUCUACAAACGUUGGAACAGGCUACACAAGAAACUCACAAAAAAUGGAUACAAAUCUCAAAAGACAACGCAGGCCAGGAUCUAGUGAAUUUCUUUGCCACCUCCGACGAUAUUCUUCGGCUGUCACUACUUACUCUGGUCUAUCGGGCGGCUCCGCAACAAGCUGGAGCUCUAACAACAUUCAGUCCCAACUGUGUUGCGGCCGCCAGAGCCACCCUCGACAGGCACCAAGAUUGCCAGGCGAUUAUGGAGAGGAGCAGUAAAGACUUUCUCCCCACAUACGUUCAUUGGACCCUCCUCUUCGUGCCGUUCAUCCCCUUCAUUGUUAUUUUCUGUCAAGUAAUCGAAACCCAAGACAAAGCGGACCUCGACCGACUCGGUGCUUUUGUUACUUCUAUCCAACCCGCUGCCGCGGCUUCUGAUGCCGCAGAUAAGUUGCAUCGCCUCUUUGAGGUCCUACAGAGGGUCGCUAUUCGCUAUGUCGAACUCUCUGCUUCGUACGACGGUCAACCGAAAGCCACCGAACAAAUGGACAUGUAUCUCGAGAUGUUAGGCAUGUCAUCCACAGGGCAGAGCAGUGGCAUUGAGCAACACAACCAGGGGUUCACCCACAAUCUUGACAACAACUUUGUCUCAGGUAGUGAAGGUAUGAGAACAACCGAGGCACAGGCCGGGCCAAUUAUGACGAAUCCAAUGAUGAUUGUAGGGCAUGGGGCACAAUUAGAAGAAUGGUUUUAUAAUAACCAGGCUCUGAUGGAGUCAUUCCAAACCUCUAGCCCAAGCUUCCCGAAUGAAACUUAGCAACACGACACAGACAAAAUUUAAAUGCAUUAAGACCUCAAUAUCGUCCACAGCUGUAUAAUUACCUCAGUAAUGACGACGACGACGACGACCUAAGGAUAUUCGAAGUUAUUCGGCGCAAGGAUUUUGAAGGUUAUCGGUAUAGAGCAGAUGUCUUGUCAUGGACAGCCCAUAGCGUGAAUGACACUAUUAACAUAUAUUCAAACGGAUUUCAGGGAAAUUUAUAUUUCAUUUAUCUCUGGGUUGUUCGGGGAAAGAUACUAACGCAAGGGAAAACAUAACCUAGCUAACCUGCUCUAACUAAUUCAACCUAAUAAAAAAAACAAGUCUACGAAUAGUUACAUCUUCAUUGUUGUUUCAAGACGACCCGAGUUGCG